AUGCCUUGGGAUAUCUUAUUUUUUGGUUCAGGAGGUCAUACAAGUAUGCGUGUGGCAAAUUGUUUUAAAUUAGCUCGUCUAUUACGUUUAUGGACAUUUGUGAGAAAUUUUCAAAAAACAGAAUAUCGCAGUGCCGUGUUAUUUCUAUUAAUGUUAUUAUUUGGAAUAGCAGCUCAUUGGUUAGCUUGUAUAUUUCAUUUUAUUGCUAUCUUUGAACGGCCAAAUUUACUAAAAAAAUACAGUUGGCUAGAUCAUUUAGCUGAAAAAUAUAAAAUGCCAUUUUAUGCAAAUGAUACAUUAAGUGGUCCUGACUCUGCAUCGAAAUAUGUCACUGCUUUAUUUUUCACAAUGACGUCGUUAACGAGUGUCGGAUUCGGAAAUGUUGCACCAAUUGAAGGUGUGCUAUGCUCAAAUUGGAUAAAUUUAUAG